AUGGAGAUUCUUUGUAACAGGUCAAAUUCUUCUGAUUCUCCUAUUGAAAUUUCUCCUGAUAAGCCUGAUGAUUUUGUAACUGCUGAUAUUCCGUCUGCUGUGCCUACUGUGUCUGAUAAUGUAAAUGAGUUAUUAUCUGUGAAAUCCUCUGUUUCUGAUGAUCCCCCUUGCAUCCCCUUUAUAAAGCCUGAGCCUUUGAAGGAAGUUGUUGAUGUUGUAUCUGAUACGAAAGGUAAGCCCUCUAAGGAGACCAACAAUCUAAGUUUGGUUGUUUACUCGUCUGAUCAUGUUGCUCUGCCUCCUUCUGCGAUCGCUGAUGUCCCACAUGAAAUCUGUCCCUCUGAUAAUCCUUCUGGUUUGCCUGUUGAAGUUGAACGGAUUCCAGUCUACACCUCCUCAUCUUUGGCUGAAAGUCUUGAACAUGUCCGGCAUUUUGCUGGUUUACCUGCUGCCUCCAUUCCAGAACCAUACCGUGUGAUUCAUCCUUCUGAGUCCUCGAGUGAAGAUGAAAAGAUCCUAGCAGAAGUCUAUGGCACACAAGCUCAUGCACCUAAGCCCCCAACUGUUGAGGCUACUGCUCAUCCUGACUCCACCACCUUCAAAAUUAGAGAAGUCACAAAUCUUCUUGGAAGUUCUUCUGCCCAUGUUCCUGAUUCCAGUCACUCUGUGUCUCCUGUUCAUUCUCAUUCCAAGGAGACGAGAAGAUCAAAACAAAAGAAUGUUCCUGUGAAGGUUGUUGUUGAGACGGGUGAUGACAAUGCUGUUGUAGAUCAGCCUGAGAAGAGAAGAAAGUCUAGUGAAUCUGUCGAACCUGAAGCUAAUCCUCCAAUUCAACAAGUGUUCAAGACACUACGGUCGUCUGUUAAGCAAAAAGGUCAUGCUGCUGCUCCACCAGCUGUUGUUCCCACACCCUCUACCCGAAAAGGAAAACCAUCUAUACUCGUUCCAGAGGUCGGAGUAUCACUCCUGAGGAGAGAUCUCAUUGUCCAACGGUCUAUUGAUGAAAACCAAAUGAAUUCAGUUUGCGACAUCCUGCCACUGCUGAGUGAAGUGGGCUUGCUGAAGACAGUCUCUUCUAUCUGUCUAUAUUCGAAGCUCCUCACGUAUGAAUUCUACUGUAAUCUCAAUGAAGACAUAGACAAUCUGACUGGGCCACGGCCAAUGCAAAUCUUCAUUCGAGGUAAAUGGUACGUCCUUGGUCCUGACAUGAUUAAUGAAUACUAUGGCUUGUCAGCGGUGCACGAAGAAGCAAUCACUGACUGGGAUUCAGUGGCCAAGACCCUAACCGGUGGACAGACUGAUACAUGGCCUUCUGGUGACAAGGAUUAUCUACCCAGCUCUCAGCUCACCUCAAAAUAUGUCAUAUUACAUCGUCUUGCGCUUCACAACUAG